AUGAAUAAAUCGAACAAUUACGUUCGUACAGCUCAAGUAACAGCAAAUGAAAUAGGUAUGAGUGAUCAACACCAGAUGGAUGAUCAACAUCAGCAACAUUAUACUCAACCAGCAGUGUAUGUAGAUGACAACGAUAUGGAACGACGAGAAGGUCUUCUUCGUUUAUUAGAACAAAAUCCGCACAUGCUGCGGGAUUUCAAUCAAUUUAUCGAAUUUACACGAGCUCGUAGUGCUCAAUCAACCGUUCAGCAGAUGUACGAUGGGCGAAGUAUACAAGAUCAACAGUCGAUUCCUUCUAUUUUAAAUAUUAAUACAAAUAUUCAGCAUAAUUCAUCAACUCCGAAACGUGGUCGACCUCUUAACGACAGUGGGAAGGGGGGAGGGGUCCAUCAGCUUUGCACCGAAACAACGUAA